CAGGUAAUUCUGACAUCUCUGUCAUCUCAGCUUUGAUAUCUAUUGAUUAUUCUUUUUGCAUUGUCUUAAAAAUCUUUCUAGUUCUUACUAUGAUGAAUGGUUUUCUAUUGAAACCUAGACGUUUUGUCAUUAUGUUCUGAGACUCUGGAUGUUAUUUAAAUCUGCUUCCACUGUCUUUUUCUGACACUGCUUUGGCAGGGGAAUAGGGACUGCCUCCUUAUUACUGCCAGGUAGACCUAGAACUCCAGGUCCCAUACUCAGCCUUCAUUGACACCCAAGGGAAGGAGAUCCUUGUUACUGUCAGAUGAGGGUGGAAGUCCAGGCUCCCCAUAUGGUCUCCACUGACAUAGCUAGAGUAGGGGUGAAGACAUGUUACCAACCAGGAGGGUGGAAGUCCUGACUCCCUACUUGGCUGCCCUUACAAAUACCUUGGUUGUCAGGAGCAAGGGACUCUUCAUUAUGGCCUUCUGAGGUGGAAGCCAAGGCUCCCCAUUUGGCUCUUGCUUGUGUGGGCAGUGGUAGGGCCAGUGAUUUCUGUGGUGAUUGGCUGCAGUAGACUAGCUAUUGUCAAAACCUGUCUUGCUAAGGCUGCCCCUUUCUCCUUCCUUUAACUAGAGUGAACAAGCUUUGGAGGUGGCUUUUUUUUGUCUCUGCCAAUUGACAUUUCCAGAUUGCUGGAUUCUCUUCAGCUCUAAAUCUGGGAUAUAUUAAGCAAAAAGAAAACCCAGAGAACUCAGCACUUUGUCGUUCCUUGUGCCCCAAGGUCCCUAGCUGGUCACCUUCUCUACUUUUCAGAGUCUUCCUAUAUUUUAUAUAUAAUAUCCAGAGUUUUUAGUUGUAGUUAGUGCAAAUAAUAGGGAAAAAUACUCCUACUCUAUCUUCCUAGAAGUGGAAAUUUCCAAAUUUACAUUUUUAAACUAUUUAAACAGUUGGACCAAAUAUAUAACCACCCUUUGGAAAAAUGUCACACACCUUCUAUAUAAUGUGAUAUAUUUUGCAUAAUAUUGUGCUCACAAGGACUGCUAGAAAAUAACAUCUUUAUUUUAAUUUUUCUUAAUGUUUACUUAUUUUUGAAAGAGAGGCAGAGUGUGAGCAGAGGAGGGACAGAGAGAGAGGCAGACAGACAGAAUCUGAAGCAGGCUUCAAGCUCUGAGCUGUCAGCAUAGAGUCCCAUAAGGGACUCGAACCCAUGAACUGUGAGAUCAUGAUCUGAGCCAAAGUUGGAUGCUUACCCAGCUGAGCCACCCAGGUGCCCCAACAUCUUUAUUUUAACUGAAAUUCAUUGUUCAUAUUAUUAAUGAAAGCUUUUCCCUCUAGGAGAUAAUGCUAAAGGUGUCCAAGGCUCCUGACCAGUGAACAAAGAUUUGAGAAAGACAGCCAAGCUCAUGUUUUCUCCUGAUCAAGAAAAUCAUCCAUCCAAAGCACCAGUAAAAUAUGGUGAACUCAUUGUCUUAGGGUAUAAUGGAUCUCUCCCAAACGGCGAUAGAGGAAGAAGGAAAAGUAGGUUUGCUUUGUUUAAAAGACCUAAGGCAAAUGGGGUGAAGCCCAGCACUGUGCAUAUUGCUUGUACUCCUCAGGCUGCAAAGGCAAUAAGCAACAAGGACCAGCACAGCAUAUCGUAUACCUUAUCUCGGGCCCAGACAGUAGUGGUUGAAUAUACUCAUGACAGCAACACUGAUAUGUUUCAGGAGAAGGCUGCCAAAUGGAAGACAUCAGAUGGGCAGAUGGAUGGUUUGACCACUAAUGGCGUUCUUGUUAUGCAUCCACGCAAUGGGUUCACAGAAGACUCCAAGCCUGGAAUAUGGAGAGAAAUAUCAGUGUGUGGAAAUGUGUUCAGCCUGCGGGAAACCAGAUCAGCUCAGCAGAGAGGAAAAAUGGUGGAAAUUGAAACCAAUCAAUUACAAGAUGGCUCAUUAAUUGACCUCUGCGGUGCAACAUUGCUGUGGCGUACUGCAGAAGGCCUUUCCCACACUCCUACAGUGAAGCAUUUAGAAGCUUUAAGACAGGAAAUCAAUGCAGCACGACCUCAGUGCCCUGUCGGGUUCAACACACUAGCGUUUCCUAGUAUGAAGAGGAAAGAUGUUGUUGAUGAAAAACAACCAUGGGUAUAUCUAAACUGCGGCCAUGUGCAUGGCUAUCAUAACUGGGGAAACAAAGAAGAACGUGAUGGAAAAGAUCGUGAAUGUCCCAUGUGUAGGUCUGUUGGUCCCUAUGUCCCUCUGUGGCUUGGAUGUGAAGCUGGAUUUUAUGUGGACGCCGGCCCUCCAACCCAUGCGUUCAGCCCAUGCGGGCAUGUGUGUUCAGAAAAGACAACUGCCUAUUGGUCCCAGAUCCCACUUCCUCAUGGUACUCAUACUUUUCACGCAGCCUGCCCCUUUUGUGCACAUCAGUUGGCUGGUGAACAAGGCUACAUCAGACUUAUUUUCCAAGGACCUCUAGACUAACAGACAGUUGUCCUCCAGGACUACAUUAUAAAUUUAUAAGCUAAGUGAGUUGGGUUUUCCAACCUGUUGUCCAUGUCACAGUUUCUCUGCUCUGGUCAUUUGCAUUAAGAUGAAGAAUUUUUUUAAACAUUUAUAAUAAAUAGCAACAAUUUCUGAUCAAAAAAUCUGGGAAACUCAAGAAAAGAAUUUCUGAAAGUACCAGACUUCUGAAUUCUGAGUUUUGAAAAUCUAUUUUGAGGAUAAAAAGACAUAGUCUAAUUUGUUGCCUUCCUUUUAGUGUUUUUGAAUCACCCAUCCUCAGUGUUGAAAAAUUGUUUUAUAUAACUGAGGGUACUGUUGGUUCAAACUAUGUUAGUUUACAGUUUGUUGCAAACAUUGUAAAAUACAGCAACGUGUAUAUUAACUUUUUUCUAUUUAUCUUUAUUAUAGAAAAUAUCUUCGAAUGUUCUUGAUAGAGUAGCAUGGUAACGAUGGUGUCACACUCUUGGUGUGAAUGGUAGUUUAGCGAGUAUAGCUCAAGGAUUUGCAAGCUUAGAAAGAAGGACAAGAGAGCCUCUCCCCACUCCCCUUCUAAAUAUGGAGUUUGGUAAAUUAGAAUACUUUGUAAAACCAAAUUCAUAUUAAUUACUAUUGUGUAAGAGCUGUUUGUUUUUAACCACGUUGAAUAUAAUCAGGAAAGUUCUUUUUCUUAAUGUUUCUCUCAAGUGUAGUAUAUAACGAAAACUUAAUGCUAAGAAACAUUUUAUAUGCUCCGUUGAAUAUGCAAUUUAAUCUAGAUUAUCUAUUUUUCUCCCAUGAUAACUAAUCUGUUUUUAGUACCAGCAACAUUUGGCAAGUUUAUUUUUUAGAUAUAAACUGUGGUUCAUCUGUUCACUGUUUCUAGAAAAAAAUCAUUCUCAUGAGAAAAAAGCAUAAAUUAACAAGGAAGAGAGUGACUUGAUUUGCUUUUAGAAAAAGAAAUGCUUAACUAAUUGAUUAUUCUGUAUGUGGUCUUCCCAGGCAUUAAGAAAUCUAGAAAGAGAUAAAGGGUUGAAUGACAACAGUGCCCCCUUUUUUUUAACCUAGCAGACCAGCCUUAACUGUGUGGGCUUUGAAUUCUAAGGAGAGUUGCCACCGUGUGACUCGAGGAAAUGUUUGGUUGGCAGAUGAGCACCAGUGACAGCCGAGUAGAGGAACAUACUUGCACGGUAUGUUUAUUCUCUAAUUCCAAUGAGUUCUUUGCUUCAAGAAGCAAGAAAAUGUUUCUUCACUCCCUCCCCUCCCCUUUUCAUAAUGUACCACAAGGGACGCAUAGACAGUUGCACUACAUCAAACCCUUUGUGACCUUGUAGAAAUCAGUACACUUUUAGAUUAGACAGGAUCUUUUUUUUUUUUUUAAUCUUCUGAUUUGUGUUCCUUUAGUUUGAAAGUUGUGUAAUACUUAAUUGACUCUAGCAAAUUUUUGUAUGUGGUAGUAUAGCUUUAAUUUAUCAUAACUAUUACUAUGCUGUUCUGAAUUUUCUUUUAGUUUAAAAAAAAAAAAACCUGUUGCUUAGAAGCCAUGAACUAUUUUUACUUUAAUUGAACUUGUCAGAAUUUCCUUGUUUUUAAAAAUGAUCAUUUGGGUUCACUCAGGAAAUGCAUGUCAGGAAACUUGUAUUAUAAGUUUACUAGUUGUGAUGUAUCAGUAACUGCUGUUAUCCCCUUUUCAAAGAAGUAUAAUUGAUUUUGAAGUUUUCCACAUAGUCACAUGCUUUGUGACUAAUGCAAGGAAAUCAAGUCCUGUGUUGUAUUUGUUCUAGUCAUUUCUAUUCAGGCUAUAUAUUGUAGCUAAUUUUUAUUUGCAAUUAAUUUAUUCAAACUAAGUAAAUACUUUUCAAAAUAGAUACUUGAAUUUGUCUCUGUGAGUUCAUUAUUGCAUAACUGAGAAUGGGAAACCAGACACAAAAACUUGUGGACAAAUCUACCUCUCCCCCACUUCAAAAAUACUCACUUUAAAUAGGUGAAGAAUUUGCAUUUAAUGUAACACUUUAAAUCGCUGGUCCUCUUGGGAAAGCAUCUCUUACUUAUUAAUAAAGGAACUUUGUGUAGUGGUUGAAUAAUUGAGGCUUUAGUUAAGUCCUGCUAGAGAGUUGGCUCUUUGCAAGUUGAAUACUAGACUGUUUACACAGUGCCUCGAUGUCCAUGAAAGGUCCACGUUCUUCUCAAAGUGCCUGAAUUUUCUCCUCCCAGCUAUGAAAAGUCUGAUUCAUUUUCUAUCAAAUUCAAGUUUUGAAAACUCAGGCUAUUUAAAUCAUUAGGUGUUUUUCUGUUCAAGCAUUUUGAAUAUUGGUUCCGUCAUUCUGCCUAUAUCUAAUGAAACACUUUUACUUACUCAGUUGUAUUAAGGGAAUGUCAGUAUUCUGGCCAAGGAGAAAAAGUUGCAUUUAGGUCUCCCAAAGGUAAUCUUUAUGGCUUAACUCUUUUAUGAAAGUGAUCUAAUUAUCUAAAUACUUCCUUAAUUUGUGUAGGGAAUUUCCUUCAUCUAACAUGUUAGGGUCAUGAAGCAAGAAAGAGUAAAUAUCCAGAAGGAGGAGUCUUUUACCAGGCUAUCUUCCUGAAGCUGUAAUUGCUUACUUCCAUCAUUUAAAAAACAUUCUGACACAUGCAAAAUAGUAUAGGGGUAAAUAAUCAUGUAAAUAAAUAUAUAAUUACAUCUAACAUGAAUACUGCUACUCUACUCCUCCCUCAGGAUACCUCAAGAACCAUGUGUGAUGCAUGACCUUCUGACAUAUAGACUGAGCAAGUGAGUGAGGGCACCAAUGAAAAUCCAUCCAUUAUUUCUUUAAAUUUAUAAGAUAAAUAUAAUUUUAACACUUUGGCCCCUCAUUGUGAUGGAUCAUUUUGUGGUAUCCCACCUUAGAGACCACUGGCCAAAAGAUGGGUGAUCCAUUCUUUUGUGUUUAUGUUCUAAGCAUUAACCCUGUAGCAAAUGAGAUUAUCAAAAUGCUGCUUACUGAACUGCAUUAUUCUUUCUGUCUCCUACUCCCACUUUCAGAAGUAAGUAUGCUUUUAGUCCAUGCCCUCAAGUUUUAUCCACGAAUUCUUGCAACAGAUAUCUGAAUAUCUACUAUGCACCAAGCCUUGUUCUAAACUUUGGGUGAUUUAACAAGAAAAAAAUCCCUGCCUUCACGGAGCUCAUAUUUUAGUGGGGAAGAUAGAAAUGAGUAAGAAAAAUAGAAGAUACAGCAUGAUAGUGAAGAGUGUUGAAGGGACAAAUAAAGCAGGGAAGGGAGAUACAAAAUGUUUUAUGUGAUGUGUGUGGAAUGUUUGCAGUAUUAAGUAGGAAGGCAAGGGAAAGCCACAUCUAGGAGAUUAUUUGGGCAGAAGAAGUAGCAAUUGCAAAAAUCUUGAAGUAAAAGUGUGCUUGGAAUAUUUCUGUAAUAGCAAAACACCAGUGUAGCCAUAUAGGGUGAAAGGCCAAAAAGGAAAAGUGAUAGAGAUAAGUGGGGUGUGGGGAUGAAACUAGAUCAUGAAGGGCCUCCUGAGGCUUGGCUUUUAUUCUCAGUGAGACGGGGGCAACAGGAGGAUUUUGAGCAAGGAAGUGACAUGAUCUGACUUCUAUUUUAAUAGAUGCAAAUAGACCAAAGUGAUAGUGGGGAGACCAGUUAGACCAUCACAGUAACCCUGGAAAGAAAUGAUGGUGGCAUGGAUCAAAGUGGUGGCAAUGGGGCUGGUCUGAAAAGUGGACAGAAUCGAUAUAUUUUGAAGGCAGAGCUGACAAUAUUUGCUGGCAGAUCAAAUAUGGGUUGUAAAAGAAGAGGAGUCAAUGACUCGGCUCAUCUAGCCUGAGCAACUAGAAGAAUAGAAUUACUGUUUGAAGUGGAGAUUAUGAAAAUAAAAGUUUGGGGGGAGGGUGCAUUGCUUGUGGAAUCAGGAACUUAGCCUUGGACGGACAUUAGAUGGAGACUCCCUGUUAGACAAGUUAUUUGCCAAAGGUAAACUGUCUCUGCUUUUUUAAGGUGCUGUCAAAGUUCUUAAACCAUCAUGAUCAAUGUUCUCCAUAUACACUGUGCUGCCUUAGAAACAAAAAAGUAUUUCUCCUGAUUAAUGGCAAACUUCCUUUCACUGAAAUAGAGAGUUGGGACACCUCUCAUGUUUCUCUUUGUUUCAGCUGCCUUCUGAGGAAAUGAAGUUCUGUUUUCAACUACAGUAACUUCCUUUAGCCAAUGUAUCCUAAUACAGUUUUUCUCCCUUCUCAUUCAUGUACAUCUUUUUCCUUAGGUCUUGCCUUAAAAAAAAAAAAAAGUCCUAUUUUAUUGAAUCUUAAUAUGUUGCUGUUUCAAAUUCUUUCUGACCGUGGCAAAGCACAAGUUGUGUUUGGUUUUUUAAAAUCUUUUUAAUAUGCAGGUGUUGAUGGAAAACAAAGAAUUCUUGAACCUCUCUCUAAGUCCAGCUUCCCUUAAAGAAAUAUGCCUGUACUGGAUAAUACUGUCAGCAGAAAAUGGAGUAAAUAAGAUAAGAGUUUUCCUAGUAAGUGUUGUAAAGCAUCACAUCCAAAUCCAAACAUUCUCUUAAAUGAUAUGAUGCGAAUGCUGGUGUCUUCAGGCUGACAUUAGAUUGUAAAUUCAGCUAUGUAUGUUAAACCACAGCGUAAAAUAAAUUCCUCACAGCUAACAUUUGAGUAUUUGUUAUGUGUCAAGCUCUGUUCUAAAUACACAAUUUUAAGUAUAUUAAUUAAAGCUCAAAACAGCCCUGUGAGGUAGGAACUCUUGUCUCCUUUUCACAACAAAAACCAGGCACAGCAUUAUCUAGGAACUUGCCCGAGGUUCAUAUGGCUCAUGAGUGCAAGAGUUGGAAUUUGAACCUUGGAAGUCUUGCUCCAUACCUGUGUAUGCAACUACCAUAUUUGCUCCUUCCCCCUUUUUCACUGAGUGGGAUCUGAAGUCUAUGUCUUGCACAGUUUUUAAAAAAUGAUUUAAGGUAGCAAACCAAAAUUGUAAGUAACUAAGAAGAUUAAACAUCAAAAUUUUUUAAAAGAAUAACAACAAAAAAGGUUUGGUAUUAUAACAAAAGAAGAUAGAACCAGAAGUGGCAUGAAUAGAUUUAAUGAAGACCUAUAAACUUGCUAAAUGUGAGCCACAAAUCAAUUUAGCACAAAGGUGUUCGCAGGUUAAACAUGAUUAGUUAUAAGAUCCAUGCAGCUGCCUGGAAGGUAGCAACAAAUUCACUGAUGCAGAAACUCAUGAUCAUUUCUAGUCCUGCAACCAGAAAAAUUCACAUCCAGGAUGUAGUAGCAUUACUUCAUAUAGGUGGAUUCAUGAAGUAUUUGUCUUUUUGUGACUGGCUUGUUCCACUUAACAUAAUGUCCUCGAGGUUCAUCCAUAUUAAUGCCUAUUGCAAAAUUUCCUUUUUUAAGGCUGAAUUGUAUUCCAGAGUAUGUAUAUACUAUUUUUUCUUUAUUAAUUCACCUGUUGGGCAUUUGGAUUGUUUCCAUGCCUUGGCUCCGAGGGGAUAGUGCCACAGUGGACACGAGAGUGCUAAUUAUUUGUUCAAGACCCUCAUUUCAAUUCUCUUGGGUAACUACCCAGAAAUGAAUGGGAUGGCUGGAUAAUAUGGUAGUUAUAUUUUUAAUUUCUUGAGGAAUUAAAAAAAAAUUUUUUUUUUUGUUUUCCUAGGGGCUGCACCAUUUUGCAUUCCCACCAGUACUGUGCAAGGGUUCCAAUUGCUCUACAUCCUUGCCAACACUUUGUUGUCUUUUGUAUUUUGAAAAUAGUCAACCUGACAUGUGAAAUGACAUCUCAUUGUGGCUUUGAUUUGCAUUCCCUGAUGAUUAGUGACAUUGAACAUUUUUCAUAUACUUGUUGGCCAUUUGUAUAUCUUCAAAGAACUAGAUAUUCGAGUCCUUAGCCCAUUUUUUAAUUGAGUUACUAGGGUGUUUUACUAUUGAGUUCUAAGAGUUUCUUAUAUAUUUUGGAGAUUAAGUCCUUAUCGGAUAUGGUUUGCAAAUAAACUCUCUUAUUCCACAGGUUGUCUUUUCGUUUUGUUGUUUACUUUGCUGUGCAAAGCUUUUGAGUCCCACUUGUUGAUUUUUGCUUUUGUUGCCUGUGCUUUUGGUGUCCUGUCUGCUGCUUCCCCACGUUAACACACUGAAGGAAUUCUUUCCCGAGCGGAUGAGCUAUCAUGGCCUGUCAGAAACUAUUUCUUAGGUAAUUGUAGGAAACUGUUAGAACUCUGAACCAUUAAGCUACCAAAACACUCUGUAAGUAGGAGCAUUAACAAAAGCAGUCAAAAGAAUGAAGUUUGCGAAGCUAUUUGAUCAGAAAAUGUGUCGUUAUUGGCUGAAAAGAUAAAAAUGGAAGACAUGGAGACAUUGCCAAAAGUGACAAUAAGUAGGUGACUUGGCAACAAGAAGAAGCCCAUAGAUGAUGCCAGAAGAGAACAAAAAAAGAUUCUCCUGGAGAAAAGAGAAGGAAUAUCGACCAUAGCCUCAAAGCAUGUCAUCCAGACUUGAAAGCCUAUCAUCGGUCCAAAAGGCACAAAAAGCAAUCCAAGAUUGAAAGGGAAAACUAAAGUCUGUCUGCCUUGGAAUUUCCUGAAGUUCUACUGUAUCUUAUUACUGUGUAGCUGUUAAUAAAAAUAUAGAAUAUGAAA